AUGAGUUGCGCCGACGAUCUGACGGUCGAAGAUCUUAACAACAACGUCUCUACUCAGGUCCUCGAACGAGUCUCAGCGGGCGAGGGAAGCAAUUCGAAUCUCUGGAGCUGGAUCGACCGGGAUAACGUAGAGGGUGUGAACCUGGAAGUGCCUGGAUCGGCACCGUUGAUCGUCAAGACGUGGGAUGAGAGAUUGUCGGACGAUAUAGUAGAAUCAGGCGUAGAUGACGAGCUCAUCAUCCAUAUCCCAUUCAUCUCCUCCCUCCGGCUGCGCACCCUCCUACUCCUCCCGCCAGCCCCGUCCCACCCACAUCGUUCCAGUCGCUUACGACUGUUCGCGAACCUCCCUCACUGCCCCUCCUUUUCCGAUCUCGAGGGCGUCACGCCAAUAAUGGACCUGGACGUCUCUUCUCCGCCUCCGGGGUACAGAAGAGGACCAGGAGGGGAGCGAGAGGUGGAAGAAUGGGGAUUGAAGGUGCAGAGGUUGGCCAAUGUACAUUGUGUCACGCUUGCUCUUUCUGAAUCGACAACGGGAAUACGAUCCGCCAUCAGCUUUGUGGGGUUCAAGGGCGAUCCCAAAGAACCCAAAAUGGACAUGUCAAAGCUGGGACAGGUGCCCGCUGCGAAUGCGGCGGAUGCGCCUGUAGAUCGAUUAGCGGAGAAGAAGGGGAGUGGACAUACGACGAUCCACUAG